AAAAAAAGCCCGCCUCCAACCCCACCGCUUGGCUCUUUUUUUUUGCCAACCCUUUAACGAACUUCAUUAUAUAAUUCAUUGCCGGUAGUGCGUUCCUUUUUCCGUACCAACACAAUCUUACUUUAUUCCUCCCCCCUCACCCCCCAAUGGCCAGUACCAUAUCCAAUCUUCAACGUUUCUUUGGCAAAAAAACACCUGACGAGCUGGUCAAAAAAUGGCGCCAAGAGAUUAGAACACAACAACGAUUAAUACAACGACAAAUCCAAGCGAUUGAUUCCGAAGAAGCCAAAGUGAAAAAGUCGAUUAAACAAGUGGCGAAAAAGGGAGAUAACAAGAUAUGCAAAAUACUUGCCAAGGAACUCAUACGGUCACAACGCCAUAAAAAUCGACUGUAUACCAGCAAGGCGCAAUUGAAUUCGAUUGUUAUGCAGUUGGAGCAUCAGUUGGGUAAAAAAAAUACACACACACAAAUUAUUUUUAUUUCGGGAAAACGUUGGGAGUUUUUAAGUUAUUAUCGAUUUUUUGUAGCAACGAUCAAAGUUGCAGGAACGCUUCAGAGAAGUGGUGAGGUGAUGAAAUUGGUGAAUCAACUCGUACGGUUGCCAGAACUGUCACAGACGAUGCAACACAUGUCCAUGGAAAUGACAAAGGCAGGGUUGAUGGACGAAAUGAUUGAAGAUACCAUGGAGAUGAUGGAUGAUGAGGAUCUUGAAGAAGCAGCUGACGAAGAAGUCAACAAUGUUCUAUACCAAAUCACAGACGGCAUGUUGGGCGAAGCAGGAGCUGUUGGACCUGCACUGGAUAAGAAGCCAGAGGUGCAAAUAGAAGAGGACGAAGAGGAAGAGGGGCCCGAGCUCGAUAUGAUGCAAAAACGCUUACAGGUAUUUUUAAAAGAAGAGAACGGAGGAACCAGAGAGCUUAUGUUUGCUGUUAUCGAUAAGUUGAUGGAUGGAUUAAAUAAUAACGAGAUAAAUUUAUAUAUUCCAGGCAUUGAAAGGGUAGAGCCCCCAUAUCCGAUUAUUUCCAUCCCCACUGUAUCUCAAAUACACACACACACACACACACACACUCCCCUCGAUAUUAAACUAUAAAAGCAACAAACAAAAAGGGAAUCGAUUAAAGACAAUCGGUCUAUCCACCGAUAGAUUGGGAUGGCGCGAUGUUAUUACUACUUCUACUUGACAAAAAAACCAGGGAAGAAAUCAAAAAAGGAGCGAGGAAUUAAGAAGUGAAAAGGGAGAUUAUUUGAUAUGAUACACUUGGACAUAUAAAUGUGUAUAAAAGCAUACUACAGUCUACUUGCUACAACGGCAAGGAGUUGGAAGGGAAAAGAAGUUGUUCUUUACAAGCGAGGAUGAACAAAUAGAUAGACAGGAUGUAUACAAGUGCAUUAAAGAUCACAACAACAACAACAACAACAAACAAUAACC